AUGGUGGACGGAGUCCGCGUCCCAAUUAAGACCGGGCUUAAGCUGCUCGGUUUAUGGUUGGACGGCACAUGGGGGUUCGGCAAACACGUCGCCCGCACGGCUUCGAAGGCGGCGGCUGCGGCUAACAGUCUCUGCCGACUGAUGCCUAAUCUGAGGAGAGUCGGUAGUGGUGCUCGCCGACUGUACGCCGGGGUGGUGCACUCGAUAGCCCUAUACGGUGCCCCGAUCUGGGCACCGAAAAUGAUGGCCACCGAGAGCCUAAAAGCGCCUAUGCGCCGGGUUCAAAGACUGGUGGCCAUAUGGGUGGCUAGGGCUUAUCGCACCACCUCGCACGCGGCGGCUUCGACCCUGGCCAGUUUGCCUCCAAUGGAGCUCUUGGCGGACAAGCACGCGUACGUGUUCCGGCGAACGCGGGAGCUUCAGAGGCGGAACGUGGAGAUCAGCGCCAGGGUCAAAAAGGCGAUACGCCAAGAGGCUGCGACGGCUCUCCUCGCCAAAUGGGAAGAGUACUUGGACAACCCGGCUUUGCCGGGCAGGAGGGUCGUCAGUGCCGUCCGACCGGUCCUCGAGGACUGGGUCAACAGAAGGGGACGCGGAUUGACGUUCCAUAUGACGCAGGUGCUCACCGGGCACGGUUGCUUCGGUGAGUACCUGUGUCGAAUAGACAAGGAACGGACCACGCAGUGCCAUCACUGCGCACAGGCGGUGGACUCGGCGCAGCACACGCUGGAACACUGCCCAGCGUGGGCGGAAGAGCGCCGGGUCCUGCGCGCCAGCGUUGGGGAAGAUCUAUCCCUCCCGGCCAUAGUGGCAGCAAUGGUCGAGAGGGAACAAAAUUGGCGCGCCGUGGCAUCGUUUUGCGGCGGGGUCAUGGCCGCCAAGGAGGAGGCAGAGAGAAUCCGGCGCGGAGAGCAACCCGCGCCGGACCAAACAGACGUGGACGGCGACGGAGGGGUUUUCCGACGGCCGCGAGGACUGCCACCUCGUAACCGGAGAUGGAGACCCCCCCCCCCGUAA